AGAAUGCAGUUCUUUGUAAAUGUUUUUCUGGGAUUUUUUAUCUUUGAGUCUGUUGGAGCUGCCCCUCUCAGUGACACCGUAAUUUAUGAUUCUGAGUUCUAUAACAUACCACUUGGAGAGCUGCCUCAUCCAUUUGCCUAUGAUGAAAACAAGCAGUCUGACCAAGUAGAGACAGAUGUUGGGGCAGAAUUACCUUCUGCAAUUCAGGAGAGUUUUUCUUCUGCAUCACUGACCGAAGAAACCGAGGAUGAAGUGUCAACACCAAAAUUAAUUGAUGGGUCUUCAGCACAGGGGUCAGGGGUUCUUGGACCCCAGACUAAAGAUGGUCUUCCCACUUGCCUUUUGUGUACAUGCCUAGGGACCACAGUCUACUGUGAUGAUCGUGAGCUUGAUGCUGUUCCACCAUUGCCUAAGAAAACCACGUAUUUCUAUUCACGCUAUAACAGAAUCAAGAAGAUCAGCAGAAAUGACUUUGCUAACUUAAACCAUUUAAAGAGGAUCGAUUUGACUGCAAACUUCAUAUCAGAUAUCCACAAGGAUGCCUUCAGAAGAUUGCCCCAGCUUCAGGAGCUGGUGCUCCGUGACAAUAGGAUAAGGCAACUCCCUGAGUUGCCAUCUACUUUAAUGUUCAUUGACGUUAGUAAGAACAGGCUUGGUCGCAGAGGGAUACCAAAUGAGGCAUUUAAAAAUCUGGAUGAACUGCAGCAUCUUUAUAUCACUGACAAUAACUUAGAUCACAUUCCAUUGCCACUCCCUGAAAGCCUCCAAGCUCUUCAUCUUCAGAACAACAACAUUCAAGAGAUGCAUGAAGAUACUUUCUGCAAAAUGAGAGAUUUUACUUAUGUGCGUAGGGCUCUCGAAGACAUCAGACUGGAUGGUAAUCCCAUCAACCUGAGCAAAACACCUUAUGCAUACAUGUGUCUGCCCCGUUUGCCAGUUGGUAACCUCAUCUAAGCUUUGACAGCAGCCAAGACUGUCAUGUGCUGUAAGAAUCUCUAAAGACAAAUCACUAACUCACUGCUAUAUUAACCAAGAUGAAUUUACACAAAUAUCAUUGAUUU